AUAUAAGCGCGACGAUCGGGUGCUUGUGGUUUUUAUUCGCCGACACACUCGAUUGCGCGAACUCGUACAAGAUGGGCAAGUCCACCGGAGUGUUCGUCUUUUGCACCGUUGCAGUAGCCAUGAUCGCAGUCACCGAAGUACCAAUUGCUACGGACGCGUUCCUGGAGCCAUUCGCCAGCCAAUUGAUCGCGAAAAAAAUGUUACUCAAACACGGAUUCGCCGCACCUGCACCACCGUCCGGCCAAACGACGCAGUACAUCUAUUACGGUGGCCAAUAUCAACACCACCCGCAGCCGCGGCCGUUACCGUCCCAGCCCCAACCACAGGUCAGCUACCCGGCUUACGGUCCACAAACGCCCAGCUACCCGUCGUACGGUCCGCCGGCCAGUUACAGCGGAUACAGCGAACAGGCCGCGACUUACGUCAAACCGGCACCGGCGUAUGUCCCGCAAACGCCCAGCUACCCGUCGUACGGUCCGCCGGCCAGUUAUAGCGGAUACAGCGAACAGGCCGCGCCCGUCGUCAAACCGGCACCGUCAUACGGGUCGGUCACUUACGUCGGAUACAGCGAACAGCCCGCACCUGUCGUCAUCAAGCCAGUACCGUCGUACGGCCCGCCGGCCAGUUAUGGCGGAUACAACGAACAGCCCGAGCCCGUUGUGAAACCGGCGCCAGCUCCGGCUCCAUGUCCACCAGCUAGCCAGCCGGCCGCACAAGUCGACUUCUCCAACUACGCCGUUCACGGUGGACACGGUUUCAGCAACAAUAACGGGGGUUAUGGAAAAUAAUAUAGACAGAUAGACGACGACGAUGACAAUAAUAUUUAUAGUAAUAAUAAUAAAAAUACCACCAAUCAUGUAUUAUGAACUAUGUAUAAGUUUAAAGAAUUAAAAAUUAAUUUAAUAGUAAAAAAAUGACAAUGUACAAAUAA